AAUUACUCUCUGGUGCCAUUUUAUCGAACGUCGUAUAAAUAUCACCCGAUGCCUCAGAUAAGCACAUCAUUCACGUUUAAUCCUCCAAACGAUAGACAAUGAAGACUUUCAUGAUUUUGGUACUGUGUGCGGCAAUCGCUCUGGUUGCUGCCGAGGAUAAGAAGGGUCCAGCCACCCAUCACGAUGUUAAGCAGCAGGAAAGCCACGCUCCGCAGCAGCCGAAGCAGCACGACCAGCACCAACAACACCAACAACAGCAGCACCCAGCAUCUCAGCAGCACUCGCUGAAGCAAACCCAGCAGCACCAACAGCCACAGCCGGCACCCCACAAGUAUAAGCGUGAAGCACCAAAGGACUCGGCUGCGGGACAUUCGACCACCGCUGCACCGAAGGCAACCGUCGAUCCGAAACAGCCGUCCGUGCUGCCGGCCAUCAUCGGACAGGCCCCGAAAAACAAGCGUGACACUGUAGCUGCUCAGCCAGCCGCCGCUGCCCGCCCAUCCACCAAUGCUCCACCAAAGGCCGCUGCUGCAGGAGCUACCACCAACGGCCAGCAGCGUAAAACCCAGUCCGCCCCGCGUCCUACUGCAAACAAGCAGCAGCAGAGCCGUGAUCAGGCAUCGAACAAGCCCCAAACGACUGGAAAUGCAAAGGUACCGGCUACCGUUAACCAGCCCGCCUCGAACCCGACGACUGCUAACCCCGCGAAGAAGGUUUAAAUCACACAAAAGUGGAACUGAACGAAUCGAAUCGAUGAUCGAUAAUUUGUGAAGAUGUGUUUUUUUUUUAUUUACACAAUGUGUUUUUCUAUUAAAAAAAAUCAAAUAAACACACGUU